GCGAUAUAUUCCAGCGUUCCAUGGGCGUUUGCGCGUUAUUCGUUUCAAGAAGUGUUAAGGAAAGGACACCAAAAGUUUCAGUCCUAAGAAACUAAAGCAUUACGAGUGCACAGUUAACAAUCUAGUCGAUCAGGGAGUCGAUCAUAAAAUGGGUUACCCCAUCAUCGCAUACCUUGUCUUUGUUGUCGUCACUUUACCCUGGGUUGAAGGCCAGUUUCCCAGAGUCUGCACUGACCGGGACAGUCUGAGAGACAAGAAAUGUUGUCCUACCCCUAAAGGCUUCACCAUACACUGUGGUUCCGAUGGAGACAGAGGACAGUGCCAUGAAUUGACCACCCACGAUUGGACAUCUAAGUACAGCCAUUACCGGCCGUUCCAGAUGGAGGACGAGAGACACAACUGGCCGCAUGGUCUUUACCACAAAGUCUGCAAAUGCAACGCAAACUAUGCAGGUUACGAUUGCAGCAAAUGCGCGUUUGGCUUCUAUGGCAGUACCUGCACGCAGAAGAAAAAUUUGAUACGAAGAAAUUUUCUGAGCCUGACAACCGAGGAGAAAGAUCGAUACAUGAAAUACGUCGACAUGUCCAAGCACUAUGUAAGUGACUUCGUGGUUACGUCUACUCCUUACAAGGAGAUAAAAAAAACCGUUAUGGAGGGUGGCGACCCAAAGUCCUUCUUUUAUAAUGUCACUUACUAUGACUUGUUCACGUGGAUGCAUUACUAUGCUGCAAGUGACACCAUUUUACCUCAUGAUAUCACUGAAUCUGAUAUCGACUUCGCACACGAUGGUCAGGGAUUUCCCUCAUGGCAUCGGUUGUACUUGUUAGCAUGGGAGAGAACCUUGCAGGAAAUUGGAAACGAUGAAGAAUUUGCCCUCCCUUUCUGGGACUGGACCGGGAAUCCCACUGGAUGCGACCCCGCAGUUUGCUCUGAAGAGCUCCUUGGCGUAACGGACCAAACUACUGGCAUUGUGAGGGGCAAAUACUUGAAUGACUGGUACGUCCUUUGCACCGGCAAACAAACCCAACAACUAACAAAGCCGUGUAACCCCACCAUAACAAGAAAUGGAUUGAAACGGAACACAGAUGAUGAGAAGGAGAAGAAAAAAGGAGAAGGAUAUACUAUGACAUUUCCAACAAAAACAGAAGUCAACUUCGCGCUCCGUUUUGAAACCUUUGACCUCCAACCCUACAGCAAAAGUUCUAGCUGCAGUUUUAGAAACAUCCUAGAGGGUUAUGCCAGCGCCGAAACUGGUCGUCACCAUUCUGACGUCCAUGGCAUGCACAACCAGGUCCACAUAGUUGUUGGAGGAGAAAUGGGGGACGUACCUUCGGCAUCAAACGACCCAAUUUUUCCUCUUCAUCACGCGUUUGUGGAUCGUAUCUACGAAAAGUGGUUGCGGAAGUUUAAUAAGGAUGCGAAUGUGCUAUCUAUUAACGGUGCACCCAUUGGUCACAACAGAGAUGACGUCAUUGUGCCGUUGUUUCCGGUUUACACUCACCAACAGAUGUUCAAGAAGUCUUUCGAGUUCGGUUAUGAUUACCAAGACGUCGAUGAAAAAGGCAGGUCUCCUGGUGACGAGAAAGAAGAUGAAUCAAAGUCUUUGGGAGAUUGUCCAACUAAAUCUGCAGCGCCUGGAAAACUAAUGUGUUGGUGGCUGAUGUCAGUCAUGUUAGUAUGGCAGCUACUUUUGGCUGAUUGAAGACAGGGUGUGAAGAGAAUUAGCUUGCUUUAGGCUCUUAGUAAGUGGAGAUGCGUGAAAUAGUGGGUGUGGGAAAAGCGGGAAGCAGGCAACACAGCGGUCAAACGUCGGGUGUGCGCGAGGGGAUCAAUUCUGGCAGGCCGCGCGCCAUUUUCCCGCGCAAAAUUUCUAAGGAAUACAUAAGAAACAGCUCCUGUCUCGCAAAAUAAGCGAAAGAAAAUUGAAACGUGCAUCGUAAUCUGUAGAAGGAAAUAAAAGUAGGGAAAAAGAAAACUCGAUAAUUUUCGAACACGAAGCUUAUUCAAGUACGGGUAUCCUGUUGAUUCACCUUUCUGUUUUAAUGGUUUCCGAAAAAGAACGACGGUUGCCAAACAAAUCGACUCUCUUGAAUAUGAAGCUAUGUGUAACUCGUUUUUGACAGCACUCCACAAAGUAAUUACAACAUGCGCACAUGCGCAGACGUUGGACCGCUGUGUUGAAGCAAGGGGGGCGUGAUGGUUGCGGUUACUAGAAAGACGUCUGCAGAUUAUGUCCGCUUGCCCGCAAGCUAUCACGCGCGCCAUUUUUCGCGUAUUCGCUUUUUCGCUCGUCUUCGCUGAUGAGAGGCUGGAACAGGCUAAGAGAGAAGAAGUGAGGAGGAAGGAAGAGAAGAGUAGAAAUGGUAGAGUCGUAGAAUAGAGCACAGUACGAUAAUGUACAGUAGCAUGAAGUACAGUGGACUUACGUCUGGAAAGAUUAGAAGGAAUAACUGAGUAUACACAGUAUUGGAUAGAAGAGUUAACUUUUUAGGAGUGUAGCUGUGCUGAGCUGAGUAAAAAAGUAUUAAGAACAUAACAGUAGCGAGUGAGUCGUAUAUGAAGUAAAGUAACCUUAAAUCUAACCACACAAAAAAGCAUCAAAGCCUUCAAGAAGUUAGAAGUCUUCUUUUUUUCUAUAUGAAAAAGCACGUUUAUAAGCAGCACAUCUCGAUAUUUGAAGUCUAUCUUGUGAUUAAAUGCGAC